AUGGCAGACCCUGAGAGAGUUACAGUUACAGCCUCAGUGUUCGCCAUUAUUACCGCCGCUAUUCAGUCAACGAACGCACUGAAGGAGACUGUCCAGCGCUUCAAACAGCGCAACAAAACAUUAGGCAGACUCCAAAAUGGGCUUGAGGAUCUCUCUAGGACCCUUUUUAUAUUACGUCAAAUGGUUGAUACCGACGCAUCAGUACUGGCGCUUCUCCAAGGUCCAAUUGAGCAAUGCAGCCGAUUAUGCCGCGAGUUUGAAGAUUCUAUGAAAGCUUUUGAUACGAGAUCAAAAACAGGCUUUCAAGAUUGGGCGGGAAUGAAAUUCAUGGCAGGCGAUAUAGAUGAGUUUAUCGACACACUCGCAGGAUACAAAUCCACCAUCUCUAUAGGUCUAUGCACCAUCACAAUUUCGUGA